UCCUAAUCCCCCUGGUUUCCACGGAUCCUCUGCUGCUGGUGGACAGACCAUCCGGGGAGAUCAAGCCGAGGCAGGGGACACGAGGCCACGCUCCUCCCCCUCCGGGCCUCCCUGUCGGGCUCAGCUUAUCCCUAGGCCGUGGGCAUACGUGCGCGCCACGUGUGUGUGUCUCGGUGUGCCGGAGCUACCGCCGGCACUCACAUUAAUAGAUCACAUUUAGGAUUCGCGGUCGUAGUCAGCGGUGGGAGAUCGGAGCGGGCGACGCGAGGCCGAUCGAUCUGUCGGGGGGCGCCUGUUGGCCAGCGUUAACAGCCCCCCUCCACCACCGCCGCCGGCUUCCUCCCUUCCGAAGCUCUGCUCUCAAGGCCUGACCCUUGCCCCUCGCCAUGGAAGAAUGGGACACUCCCCAGAUGAAGAAGGAAGUGGAGAGCCUGAAGUACCAGCUGGCCUUCAAGAGGGAGAUGUCUUCCAAGACGAUCCCGGAGCUGCUCAAGUGGAUCGAGGACGGAUUCUCCAGUGACCCGUUCCUAAACCCGGAGCUGAUGAAGAACAACCCGUGGGUGGAGAAGGGCAAGUGCGCGAUCCUGUAGCCGGGCUGCUCCCGCCCCCAGCCCCGCCGGGCUCCGGCACCGGGCGGCUCUCCUAGAGACUUGGCUGACGCUUCGUCCUUGGCCCUCCGGGAGCCGAGCCGGACCGGGUCGGGUCCGCCGCCGCGUGCUGAAAUAAACGACAGCAGCAGAACCCGCUCUGCUCUGCUCGGCAA